CUAAAAUUGAACAAGUUCUAAUUUUAUCAUAGUGACAACCUAGUCAAUCUGACAAAUGAGUUAUUGUGACAACUGACAAUGUGAAAUGUCACAUGUAUAAUAGACGUUAUAGUUCAAAAAUACCAUAAAUUAUUAAUCAUAAUACAGUUAUAAACUUAUAAAUAUUUAUUAUUUAAAGUAUUUAGUUGUCCUAUUUGUAGUAACAACUAUUCGUAAAAUCCAAAUAUCAAAUGGUACAAAUGGUAUAUUCUUCUCUAUGGUAUGAAAUAUGAAUGUAAAAUUUCGUUAUUUUAGCCUUGUUUUCUCUUUGGAAUAAAUAUUUUUGUCAAGAAUCCACCAAUUUACUAUUUAGGUUGCAGUUUAUUAUAUAAGAAAAAAAAUGGAAAAUAUUGAAGUUUAUGUUGAAAUAGUCACCAAUAAAACAUAUUUUAUAGAGAACGCCGUGGAUAUUUCUUUCAAAUUCAUCAAUAAAUCUUUGAAACAAAAAUAUUCUGAUUGGAUUGCAUUAUAUAAAUGUAGCAGCAAUAGAAAUUUAGAAGAGUUUGUUGCAGUAGAAACUGAUUUAAAAAUGCACACACCGACAAAAUAUGGUUUUCAUCAAGUUACAUUUUAUGCAUAUCAGUUGAAGAAUGUUAAAUGUAAUGAAGCUUAUGAAUUUCUAUAUGGCAAUGAAUUUAAUGAGAUUUAUGGAAUUAGUCGUCCAAUACGUUUUAUUCAUCAAAAUGAAUGCAUUUAUUGUUAUCCUAAUAAUUCAGAACUAGAAACAAACCAUAGUUGUGUCUCUGAGGAAUUGAUCAGUUCAUUAUUAGCUCAUAUUUCUAUUUUGGAUAGUCAAUUAACCGACUGCAAAGUAAAAUCUAACGAAAUUGUAUCAAUUAAUAAGCAUUUGAUGACUCAAAUGAAUGAAAAUGUUGCAAUUGUUCAAAAAAAUAACGAAUUUUUAAACAGUUUGUUUUAUUCAAACGAACCUGUGACUAGAGAUGAAUAUCGGAUAGAAACAUGCACUGAUAUUGAUUUGACAAUGAGUUGUAUUGAAAGUAAUGAAUAUGAACUACAAGAUCUACAUUAUGAGUUUGAAAAAGCAUUAGAAAAGUUCACUAAUAAAGAGGACAAAGAGAUUAAUGAUGAUCAGGCACCCUACACUGAUACAGACAAGGUGUUAAAUUGUACAGUAAAUGUUGAAAGUGUGCUUACACCAGAACCAUCUACAGCAACUAUUGUUUUUAUUGAUACUGAUGAAGAUGAUGUUUAGUUUAUUCAAUAUUGUUUUUAUUGAAACUGUUAAUAAGAAUUUACGUUUAUUUUUUGUUUGAUAAAUGUUUAUUUAUUCUAAGAUUAAUGAGAUAAUUUUGUCUAUAAAAACUUGUUGUAAAACCAAAAAAAGGAAUAUUAAAAAAUAAAAUGUUUAGUCUCAUCAA